UACAAGCUGUGUUCUCGCAUUUCAGUGCCACUUCUGCACGCUGCAUAACUCCAAUCUCGCACCAAGCGUCACCUUGCACACACCAUCACUCAGGUUGCGCGACGACCUCGCCCUCACUUUCCUCUUGUGGGCUUCAGCAGAUAACGUUGGUGCAUAAGCUGACCGAUCGCGAGUUGCCUGCAGCUCAAUAGCCAAAGGAGCGACUCUUGCAGCAGCACUCAAUGCACUGAAAGGUCUACCGGCCAAAUGGCGACCGCAUUUGGUACACCAGUUCUAGGCACUGCACCACAGCUACUGCACCGGCGACGCCACUGCGGACCGGGGCCUCGACUUGCGCGGGACCACAGGGUGAUUCUCGCGCAAGGAGGCAGCAAUGCAGGUCCAGGGCCUGGGAGCAGCUCGGAUAGCUUGUCAGAGAAACUCUUACGUGUUCGACGGCGGCUCGGCUUGCCGACGGAUGGCAGCGCAAACGGCGCGAUGCCGGCCGAUUCUGGCCGCGCGGGCGCUGGAGCACCGGGGCCGGCCGGAGGCAGGAGUAGCGCGGAGCUGGGCGUUGGGGAAUGGGGGACGCAGAGCUGGUAUGAGGACUGGGACCCGUCCGUGCGGUACUCGCCAAACCAGGUUGACCGCAUAGCGGACGAGGGCGCGGACCGGUUCCGCAAGCUCACGCAGAACACGGGGCCACGUGACAAAUGGAUCACGCCGCUGCUGGACUGGGAUGCGGUGCGCGAGGGCUUGGAUCCGGAUCAGGAGCGUAGCGAGCAGAUGAUCACGGGAGAGGCUCUGGUCAACAAGGAGGAGAGCCAGAUUGCGGUGCGUUACGUGGCGCGGCUGAUCGGCAUCCCGCUCGUGACCGGCUUCGUCAUCAGCCGCGCGCUGGCCGACCCCAUCCUCAACUUCUCGCUGCGCAACAACCCGGACGCCUUCGAGCUGAGCGAGAUGCAAAAGGUGGAGGGCGCGGAGGCGGUGCACAUCGAGGAGACGCGGCUGCGGCUGGACAUGGCCAUCGGCCGCGCGCCGCCCAUGACGGAGCUGCAAAUGUUUGAGCAUCUCGCCGAGUUCGCGGCGGAGGUGCAGGAGGAGGAGCGCCACCACAACGAGACCAUCCUCAUCAACGCCGUGUCGGACUCGGUGUCCUUCGCCACCUUUGCCGGAAUCCUCGCGCAGCCCACGCGCAGCCGCGAAGCCACGAAAAACACGCUGGCACGCCUGUUCUACGGCCUCUCGGACAUUGCCAAGGCCGUGUUGAUCAUCCUGGUGGCGGACACGUUGCUGGGCUACCACUCGGAGGAGGGCUGGCACGGCCUCAUCGAGCUGGUGGCGGGGCACUACGGGAUCGAGCCCAGCGAGGAGGGCGUCGUGAUCUUCGUGGGCGUGGUGCCGGUGAUCAUCGACGUGCUGUUCAAGUACUGGAUCUUCAUCGGCCUCAACCGCAUCUCGCCAGGCGCCGUUGUGACCAUCAAGGUGGUCGACCGGCACUGAUUUCUGCGCGCUUCAUGCUGUUGGAAGUGCUGGCUUAGGUUUGCAAGCGAGCGAGCGCGAGAAGGUUGGGCGGCGGGGCUGGCGGUCGGGGUUCGCGUGGCGUGGGAACGUGCCGGUGCAUGAGGCCGGCCGGCUACAGGAGCUGUUCUGUUGAUAUGCUGUAAUAUAUCUGUAUU